CUUCUCAAGCUUGCGAACACAGAGGAGUACAUAGAUGGCGCGUUGUCCGGACACCUGGGCGAAGUUUUGAUAAGGUGCAAUAAUGUUUUGUACAUCAGAGGUGUGGAAGAAGAGGAAGAAGAUGGAGAAAUGAGAGAAUAG